UACAUGGAUUGUCGGUCUCUAGCAGAUAUACUCAAACAAGUGAAAAUAAUACUCGAGCCCUAUCUUGCGUUUGUUUGUAAGCAGGUUUUUCAGGGUCUGGUAUAUUUACACCAUGAGAGACGCGUAAUUCACAAGGAUAUCAGGCCCUCCAAUUUGUUGGUAAAUCAUAAAGGAGAAGUAAAAAUAACUGAUUUUGGAGUGAGUGCUGUUCUUGCCAGCUCCAUGGGUCAGCGGGAUACAUUUGUUGGGACUUACAACUACAUGUCGCCUAAGCAGAUUAGAGGAAACACAUAUGACUAUAGUAGUGAUAUUUGGAGCUUGGGCAUGGUAGUACUUGAGUGUACGAUCAGAUAUUUCAUACUACUCAAAGUAGUGGUCCAUGUCCACAAGCCAGUCGAGGAAACCCUUUGGGUCUAGACAACUAUCAAAGCUAGGAGCCUCAACCUUAACACUUUUCAAGAUGCGCUCAUCUGGAUCGUAAUGAUUGUUAUACUCUCCAAGGGGUGGUUGGAUAUGCACCCCAUUAUGGCCAAUACCUUGGCCACAACCUCUUCCACAUCCUCCAACGUGACCUCCCACACGAGUUUCCUCUACACCUCCCGCUUGAGAUUGGCCAUCUUCCCCAUUGUCGAGGUUUGCCUGAAGGGAAGUCUCCAACUGAGCUAUACAAUUGUUAGUCGCUAUUAGUUGGUUGUUUGUGGUUCUGCUUUGAGCCUCAAGGGCCUCCAAUCGCCUAUCUAUUGCAUUAAAAGUUUCAAGAAUUUGAUAUUGGCUCAUGGUA